AUGGCCGAGGAGCGCGGGGCGAGUCCCGAGCGUUGGACGUCGCGACCGCUGUCGGGAGAAGUGAGUGCGCUCGGUGCCUCGCACACACGCGCUAGGCCGCCACACGGUGUGCUGCGUGCGACGGCGCCGCCCGGCAACAACAAUGCGCUAUGGCGCGGCAAAGAGCUCGUGUACGGCCUCAACAGCAAGCUGUCGCUGCAGAACCUUCCCAACAUUCCUCUGAAGCUGGGCGCGCGGAAUGCCAGCAACCCCGUCUCGGGGUUCGUGCACGGCAUGCUGCGCCGCUUGAACGGCAGCGAGUACGAAUCGCUCGACAAGGUGCGCGAGCGCCAUCGCCGCGUGCACUUCCGCGUAGAAGAUAUGGUGCACACGUACGCCAUCGCGCAUACCGAGGCGCCCAGCGCAGAAGGUGCCACGCGCCGCAGGCUCGAGCAAGAGUAUACUAAGCGCGCGAUGCGUCUGCGCUCGCGCGCGUGGCUCCCGCAGGAGCUCCAGGGGCUGUAUAGGAUGUGCUGCCGCGCGCGCGAGGAGCAGCCGCUCGUGUCUGUCUUGGCCGUGUUCGAGCAGGCGGCGAGCUGGACACACACGGAGCGCGCGCUCGACUUUACCGCCGUGCACCUCCGCCACGGCAGCAUCGCGCUUGCCGACGCGCUCGGCGCGCCCAUGGGCCUCACGGCCGUCGUGCUCGAGGCCUGUGCGCUUGCAGACAGCGACGCGUGUGCCCUUGUGCACGCGCUCGCCUUGCAAGGCUCGGUGCGCAAGCUCAGCCUCGCGGGCAACCCCGCGGUGCGGCUCGAUGCGUGGCAGGCCGUCGGCGCGCUGCUCUCUUGCACGCUGACGCACCUCGACGUGUCGGAGAAUGUACUCUCGCAGAGCGACGUGUGCGCUUUGCUUGCCUCGAUGCUCGGGCCGAUCCCUUCUUCCGAAGGACACGGUGCGCGCAAUGCCGUGCUGACGCGCCUGCAGAUGGAGCAGUGCCAGCUCAAGACGGGCGCGCUGGAAACGAUUGCGCACGCAGUGCGUGCCUCUGCGCUGCGGCACCUCUCCUUGCGGCGCAACAGGCUCGGCCCCGCGUGUGCUGAAGCGCUUGCGCUCUCGCUUGUAGACUACCCCGGCGCAUGGGAAGAGCACGCGCGGAAAAUGCAGGACAGCUACGGGCAGCGCAUCGCGCGCGUGCAAGAUCUGUAUGGCACAGAGGCUCCCGGGAGCGUGUCCAAAGCACUGCUCCACGGCACGCCGGUGGAGCAUGUGGCAGAGCGCGAGGCGCAGCGCGCCCAGCUCCAGUCGCACGUCGCGACGCUGCACAACACGCUCGCACAUGUGCCGCGCAUUGGCGAGCUGCGUAUCCUCGACCUAAAAUCCAACCAUCUCGGCGCGAGUGUCGCGUGGCUUGGGCACGCGCUGAAAGCGAACAGGACGCUGCGUGUGCUGAGCGUGAAUGAGAAUCAAGUGCCGCCCGAAGGGCUCGCCGAGCUCGCGAGCGCGCUUUGGUACAACCGCACGCUCGAAACGCUCGACCUCGGCAGGAAUCCGUGCUGCGGCCCGGAUUUGGCCGGCGUCCUUGCGCUGCGUGUCCUCCUCGCCGUGCACCCCGGCCUGCGCCGCGUCUUUCUGCCCGAGACGCAGCUUACCUCAGGCGCGUUUGUCGCGCUCGCCGAGUGCUUGCCCGACGCACACACGCUGCACCAUUUGGACCUCUCGCGAAAUUCGCUCAGCUUGGUGGGCAUCAUGGCCUUGGAGCUCGCCAUGCGCGAGAACAUUACGAUGCGGUGCCUCGACUUGACCAUCGACCCCAGCGACGAGGAGACGGUGCCGAUCGCGCGUAAAAUCUACCAGGUCUGCGUCGCGAAUACCGAGGCGGCGCAGGCGCGCGCCGCGAACGAUGCGCAUGCGCGGCAGAUUGGCGCGCCGCUCGCUGCCUCGGCACUGGGCGCGGCCCUGCGUGCGGCAAGCGCCGCGCCGACGCUCGCAGAGGCGCUCGUGGUGGCGCGGCGCGUCUUGGAGGAUGCAGACGGGGGCAAGACGCUGUUUGCGCUUGCCAAGGCACAGUCCACGCUCUUGCAUGUACUACAGCAGACUACCGAUGCGGAAGAAGGCCUCUUUGACGAAGCGCUCCGUGUCAACGAAGCGCUUCUCUGUGCCAUUGACGCGUACAAAAGCGGGGGCGAUACCGAAACGCGCGCUACGCGCCCGCCGGCGCGGCCGACGCUGGACACGGACCUCGUGCAGCAGCUCGAAUCGCCGCGGAGUCCGAACGUACAGCGUGCGAAUGGACUGCUCACAGAGGAAAGCGAGGUGUUCCGCAUGACCAAGAACCUCGAGGCGGAGCACGACGGCCCUGCCCACGUUUCGCCUGAUCACGAGUCGAAUCCUGCGCGCCACAUGCUUGCGGAGCAGUUUUACGACGAGGACAAGACCGGCGCCGAGUUGCGGCACGAAAUUUUGGAAGCGACACACCACGAUGUGGCCUGA